CCGCUCGCUCAUUCCGCCGCUGCCGCGCCGCCGUCCGCCGACCCGGUCGUCACUCAAGAUGGCAGAAGCUCACCAAGCUGUGGCCUUUCAGUUCACUGUCACUCCCGACGGGAUUGACCUUCGCCUGAGCCAUGAAGCCCUUAAACAGAUCUGUCUGUCAGGACUUCAUUCCUGGAAGAAGAAGUUCAUCCGAUUCAAGAACGGCAUCCUCACGGGCGUGUUCCCAGCGAGCCCCUCCAGUUGGCUUAUUGUGGUGGUGGGCGUGAUAUCGUCCAUGCACACCAAAGUGGACCCCUCCCUGGGAAUGAUCGCGAGGAUCAAUCGGACCCUGGACACGACGGGCCGCAUGACGAGCCAGACGAAGAACCUCGUGAGCGGCAUCCUCUUUGGCACGGGCCUCUGGGUGGUGCUCAUCGUCUCCAUGCGCUACACCCUGAAGGUGCUGCUGUCCCACCACAGCUGGAUAUUCGCGGAGCACGGCAAAAUGAGCCGCAGCACCAGGAUCUGGAUGGCUAUGGUCAAAGUCUUCUCGGGCCGAAGACCCAUGUUGUACAGCUUCCAGACCUCCCUGCCUCGCCUGCCUGUCCCCGCCGUCAAAGACACUGUGAGCAGGUAUCUGGAAUCUGUGAGGCCCCUCAUGAAGGAGGAAGACUUUAAACGGAUGACAGCACUUGCCCAAGAUUUUGCUGUCAACCUCGGACCAAAAUUGCAGUGGUAUUUGAAGUUAAAAUCCUGGUGGGCCACAAAUUAUGUGAGCGACUGGUGGGAAGAAUAUAUCUACCUGCGGGGCCGUGGGCCCCUUAUGGUCAACAGCAACUACUAUGCCAUGGAGAUGCUCUAUCUCACCCCGACUCACAUUCAGGCAGCGCGAGCCGGCAACACCAUCCACGCCAUCCUGCUGUACAGGCGCAAGCUGGACCGCGAGGAGAUCAAACCGAUCCGACUUCUGGGAUCCACGAUUCCGCUCUGCUCUGCCCAGUGGGAGCGGUUGUUCAACACGUCCCGGAUCCCAGGGGAGGAGACAGACACCAUCCAGCACAUUAAGGACAGCCGGCACAUCGUGGUGUACCACCGGGGGCGCUAUUUCAAGGUCUGGGUCUACCAUGAUGGGAGGCUGCUGAGGCCUCGAGAGCUGGAGCAGCAGAUGCAGCGGAUCCUGGACGACCCUUCAGAGCCGCAGCCUGGGGAGGCCAGGCUGGCUGCCCUCACUGCCGCAGACAGAGUGCCUUGGGCCAAGUGCCGCCAGACUUAUUUCGCACGAGGGAAGAACAAGCAGUCUCUGGAUGCCAUAGAAAAAGCAGCGUUCUUCGUGACAUUAGAUGAAACAGAGCAAGGGUAUAGGAGGGAGGACCCCGUGGAAUCCCUGGACAGCUACGCCAAGUCUCUGCUACAUGGCAAAUGUUAUGACAGGUGGUUUGACAAGUCCAUCACAUUCAUUGUCUUCAAGAACGGCAAGAUGGGCAUGAAUGCAGAGCACUCCUGGGCGGAUGCCCCCAUCGUGGGCCAUCUGUGGGAGUUUGUCAUGGCCACAGAUGUCUACCAGCUGUGCUACACGGAGGAUGGACACUGUAGAGGGGACACGAACUCCAACAUCCCCAGCCCCACCAGGCUACAGUGGGACAUCCCGGAAGAAUGUCAGGAGGUCAUAGAGACGUCCCUGAGCAGUGCAAGUCUUCUGGCAAACGACGUGGACAUCUACUCCUUCCCAUUCGAGGCCUUUGGCAAAGGAUUGAUCAAAAAAUGCCGCACAAGCCCUGAUGCCUUCAUCCAGCUCGCCCUGCAGCUGGCGCAUUACAAGGACAUGGGCAAGUUCUGCCUCACGUAUGAGGCCUCCAUGACCCGGCUGUUCCGAGAGGGGCGGACGGAGACCGUGCGGUCCUGCACCACUGAGUCCUGCAACUUCGUGCUGGCCAUGAUGGAUCCCAGGAAAACGAUGGAACAAAGGCUCAAAUUGUUUAAGAUAGCAUCUGACAAACAUCAGCACCUGUACCGCCUCGCUAUGACAGGCGCUGGCAUUGACCGCCAUCUCUUCUGCCUCUAUGUGGUAUCCAAGUACCUUGCCGUGGACUCCCCCUUCCUGAAGGAAGUUUUGUCUGAGCCUUGGCGGUUGUCAACAAGCCAGACCCCUCAGCAGCAGGUGGAGCUGUUCGACUUUGACAAGAAUCCAGAUCACGUGUCUAGUGGAGGGGGCUUCGGGCCGGUUGCUGACGAUGGCUAUGGUGUGUCAUACAUUAUUGUGGGAGAGAACUUCAUCCACUUCCACAUUUCUUCCAAGUUCUCUAGCCCUGAGACAGACUCACACCGUUUUGGGAGGCACCUCAGGCAAGCCAUGGCGGACAUCAUUGCCUUGUUCAGCCUCACCACCAACUCCAAAAAGUAACCCUUCUGGGCCUCUUUGAAGGAAAACGGGCUCUUCUGAUACAAACCAAAUGAAGAAUAGGUACUGACCCUGAUCUUAGUUCAGGAGGAAAAGCGCUCUUAGAAAACCCAAGUUUUCCUUCCCGAAAGGGUUCACUGUCUGUGUCUCCCCUAGAACGGUGGGGUUCACUGUGUGACGUGCGACUCCACUACUUCUGGGGAAGCCCUCGCUUCAGGAAUACUGGGUACAGUCCCCUGAAGUCUUUCGUAUUGUUAAGGAAUUAAAAUGCUGUUGAGUUCGUGAACUUGUGGGGUUGUGGCUUCACACUCGCUGGAAGUGGAAGUGACACACUUCCUCGGUGGUGACCAAGUGGAUCCCCAGGGCUGGAGGGCAUCUAGCUCCACAGGAGCAGUCUAAACGUCUGGCUGGUGGAAAGAGGACGUGCUGCUGGAGCUGGUGGUGACCGCAGUCCUAGCUGACACACUUGUAAUGCACUAAUAGAACACGCCAGCCCGGGGCUCCUGCGUCCCCCGUCGGCAGCCCCCAGUGUCUGUUUAGUUGCCUGUAUUUGCAUCUCCGCGUGUGAAGCAAGUGGGACGCCACCCUCCGAGUGUCACUGUCCCUGCGAGUCUUCAGUGCCUUAAAGACGAGCGGCCCCAGGGCAAGGGGCUGUCAGGAGACUUCCUUCACGAAGUCCACAGGGGGCCUGUGAGCACGUUGCUCCCUUCUCAGUAGUGAUGCUGGAUUCUCAUCGCCUGCCAUCCACUUACCAUUAGGCAACAAAAGCAAUGGCAGAUGUGGGUCAGAAAAGGGGAAAGACGGAUACGGUGGUCACAAUUAAGCAGCUGGGAGACCCUGCUGAAGGAUACAGUGUGGCACGUGCCGAAGCUGGCGGCCGGCAGGGCGGGACACUGGCCACUGCCUCUGGCGGGGGCUCACAAGGGCGAGACGCAGGUCCCAGGCACUGGUCCCAUCCCACCUGUCAGAAGCCCGCCUGUCACUUCCACAGCAGGCAGAGGCGGAGGAACAGCAAGCUGGGUUGUGGCAAGUGACGGGUGCUAGGUCCCCGUGUCCUGUCUUUCAACAGGAGUGCCUUUCUCAAAAGCGCCUGGUUGACCACAAAGCGGUUAUGCGCAGGCAUCUUCAAUAUUUAAUGUAGACACGAUGCAGCACGGAGCGGCGCCUUGCACCCCCGCCACCUCUGACCUGUCACGACAAGCCUAGCUGUCCGUUUUUUAAAUCGUGUAUUUAUUUUUCUGACCACUUUGCUCGUCCACCGGGCUGCCAACUUCCUACUUUUGUUACUCCAGUAUUACAAAAGCGAGUGUGUGGUGACUGCAGGAGAUGGGUGUCUUAAGGAUAUAUAUUUUGUAAGAAAAAACAAAAAACCCACCUAAAAGGGCCAAAUACUUUUUUCCCCCUUAAAAGCAAGGGGGGAAAAAGGGUGAAAACAUACACUGAGAGUAAAUCAGCCACCUGAGCCGCCCUGGCGGUGACCCUGUCAAGCCGUGUCGCCCCACGCUGUCACGUGAACCCCAGCAGAGGCAGGUUAGCACUCGGGCUUCUCUCUCAGGUCGUGAAUGUUCUGGUGUACUGUCCUCAUGGGCACAGUUAUCAAUGCAAUUUUAUAUUCCUUACAAGGAGGAAGAGUGGACUUUUGUACACGUUGCAAAGAGGAGGUGAGAGUAUUGUGUAUUUAAUUUAACUUGGAACAAGCUACAGUCUCACCGCAGCCAUGGUUUGAAUUUGCUACGCUAACCUGCCCAUUGCAUGUAAAUACAAUAUGUUUGGAUGUAAAUCUUAGAAAUGCAUGGUGUGAAUGUAGGUGACCAUUAAUAAAAACAUUAAUCCCUUCUA